AUGGCGUCUGCACUGAUGGCUCGGGUUUGGAUCGUGUUCAUUGUAGCCCAGCACAACAACGCAGAGAGCAACCGGUUCGCACGUGGACGUUCGACCGACCAGGACGAGUUUAACGGCGGCAGCGAGAGGCCAUUUAGUAAUAACAGUGGCGCCGACCACCACGGCUGCAGCGACGACCGCCGUGCCGACUACCACCACGGCCGCAGCAACAACCACCACGGCUGCAGCGCCGACCGCCGCGCCGACCACCACAGCCACGGCUGCAGCGACGACCGCCGCGCCGACGACUGCCGCGCCGACCACCACCACGGCUGCAGCGACAACCGCAGCGACUACCACCACAGGUGCAGCAACGACCGCAGCGACUACCACCACAGGUGCAGCAACGACCGCAGCGACUACCACCACAGGUGCAGCAACGACCACCACAGUUGCAGCGACGACCACCACAGGUGCAGCGACGACCGCCGCUCCGACAACCACCACGACCGCAGCGACUACCACCACAGGUGCAGCGACUACCACCACAGGUGCAGCGACGACCACCACAGGUGCAGCGACGACCACCACAGGUGCAGCGACGACCACCACAGGUGCAGCGACGACCACCACAGGUGCAGCAACGACCACCACGGCUGCAGCGACUACCGCGGCGACUACCACCACAGGUGCAGCGACUACCACCACGCCUGCAGCGACAACCGCCGCGCCGACCACCACAGGUGCAGCAACGACCACCACGGCUGCAGCGACAACCGCCGCGCCGACCACCACAGCUGCAGCGACAACCGCCGCUCCGACAACCACCACGGCUGCAGCGACUACCACCACGCCUCCGGUCCUGAUUACCAGCUCCGCUCCAGGGGCUGCAAGGAGAAGUUGGCUGAGCUUGAGACAAUUGAAAAGGAGAUUGUGGCCUAG